AUGGGCCAGACGGGUAAGAAAUCUGAGAAGGGACCAGUAUGCUGGAGGAAGCGGGUGAAGUCAGAGUACAUGCGUUUGCGGCAGCUCAAGCGAUUUAGACGAGCGGAUGAAGUAAAGAGUAUGUUUAAUUCAAAUCGGCAAAAAAUUCUGGAACGAACUGAAAUUUUAAACCAAGAAUGGAAGCAAAGAAGAAUUCAGCCUGUGCACAUUAUGACCUCAGUCAGUUCUCUUCGAGGAACAAGAGAGUGUUCUGUGACUAGUGAUCUUGACUUCCCUAAACAAGUUAUCCCACUGAAAACCCUCAACGCUGUAGCCUCUGUGCCUAUCAUGUACUCCUGGUCUCCCCUUCAACAGAAUUUUAUGGUAGAAGAUGAGACUGUGCUACAUAACAUUCCUUACAUGGGAGAUGAGGUGCUGGACCAAGAUGGGACUUUUAUAGAAGAAUUGAUCAAAAACUAUGAUGGAAAGGUCCAUGGUGACAGGGAGUGCGGUUUUAUUAAUGAUGAGAUAUUUGUGGAGUUGGUUAAUGCCCUAAGCCAAUACAGUGAUUAUGAAGAUGAUGAGGAUGGUGAUGACAAUCAGGACGAUGACCGAGAUGACAAAGAAAAGGAUCAGGAUGACAGCAGGACGGACAAGGUGACCCAGUUGCCACGGAAGUUUCCUUCUGAUAAAAUCUUCGAGGCAAUAUCUUCCAUGUUUCCUGACAAGGGAACAACAGAAGAGCUGAAAGAGAAGUACAAGGAAUUGACAGAGCAGCAGCUACCUGGAGCUCUUCCUCCAGAAUGCACCCCAAACAUUGAUGGACCAAAUGCAAAAUCUGUGCAAAGGGAGCAGAGUCUUCAUUCAUUCCACACCUUGUUUUGUAGGAGAUGUUUCAAGUAUGAUUGCUUCUUGCAUCCUUUUCACGCCACUCCAAACACAUACAAAAGGAAAAAUAAUGAAGCUGCAAAUGAUGGAAAGCCCUGUGGUCCCAACUGUUACCAGCUUUUGGAAGGUGCCAAGGAAUAUGCUGCAGCACUAACAGCAGAGAGGAUAAAGACCCCACCAAAGCGCCCUGGUGGUCGCCGAAGAGGCAGACUUCCAAAUAGCACCAGCAGACCUAGCACGCCAACUGUCAAUGUGUCAGAAGCCAAAGACACCGAUAGCGAUAGGGAAGCUGGCACGGAGACUGGUGGAGAAAGCAAUGACAAGGAAGAGGAGGAAAAGAAAGAUGAAACCUCUAGUUCUUCUGAAGCAAAUUCUCGUUGCCAAACUCCUGUCAAAAUGAAGCCAAAUGAGCUCCCUGAGAAUGUCGACUGGAGCGGAGCAGAAGCAUCUCUGUUUAGAGUCCUCAUUGGCACCUAUUAUGACAAUUUCUGUGCUAUUGCCAGGUUGAUUGGGACAAAAACAUGUCGACAGGUUUAUGAGUUUAGAGUAAAGGAGUCAAGUAUCAUAGCUCCGGUCCUUGCUGAGGAUGUGGACACACCACCCAGGAAGAAGAAGCGGAAGCACAGACUGUGGGCCGCACACUGCAGGAAAAUACAGCUAAAAAAAGAUGGCUCCUCUAAUCAUGUUUACAAUUACCAGCCUUGUGAUCACCCUCGCCAGCCCUGUGAUGGCUCCUGUCCCUGUGUGAUUGCACAGAAUUUCUGUGAGAAGUUCUGUCAGUGCAGCUCUGAGUGCCAAAACAGGUUCCCUGGAUGUCGCUGUAAGGCCCAGUGCAACACCAAGCAGUGUCCAUGUUAUCUUGCUGUGCGGGAGUGUGACCCAGACUUGUGUCUCACCUGUGGGGCUGCUGAUCACUGGGAUAGCAAAAAUGUUUCUUGCAAGAACUGCAGCAUUCAGCGGGGAUCCAAAAAGCAUUUGCUUCUGGCUCCCUCUGAUGUAGCUGGAUGGGGAAUCUUCAUCAAAGACCCUGUGCAGAAGAAUGAGUUCAUCUCUGAAUACUGUGGAGAGAUCAUAUCUCAGGAUGAAGCAGACCGAAGAGGCAAAGUAUAUGACAAAUACAUGUGCAGCUUUCUCUUCAACUUGAAUAAUGAUUUUGUAGUUGAUGCAACCCGCAAAGGAAACAAAAUUCGCUUUGCGAACCAUUCUGUGAAUCCAAACUGCUAUGCAAAAGUAAUGAUGGUGAACGGUGACCACAGAAUAGGAAUUUUUGCAAAAAGAGCCAUCCAGACAGGUGAAGAACUCUUCUUUGACUAUAGAUAUAGUCAAGCUGAUGCUCUGAAAUAUGUGGGUAUUGAGAGAGAAAUGGAAAUCCCUUGA